CGUACGAUAUUAUUGCUAUUAGCAUUGUUAUACCGUUCCGAGGUGCACUCGCUCCGUCGUCCGUCGCCGUUCGUCUCGACAGUUUUUCGCGCUUCUCGGCCGUCACCCGUUACGUUCGCGUCGUACGUCCAAAACACCAGUCGGCCGCCGUCGUGCGUCUCGAAAUCCACCGUUCGCCAACGAACAUAAAACCGGUGAAAGCAGAACAAAAAUUCGAACACGUCAAACCCAACCGCUGCUGCUACCCCGAGAUACCGUUGGCCGUACCUACUACCCACCUGUAAUACUUGUACCGACCACCUGGCUUGUACGGCACGACUGUCACCGCAUCAUCGUCUUACCGAUCCGGUCGUGAACUUAUCGCACUCCUCCGCUGUCACAACUGGCUGCGUCCGCUCGACCACACAAGCUUGUUAUUAUGGGUACAGCGUCGGCCAACUUUUAGAGGGAUUUCACCGACAAGAGAAAUAACGCGAUUCGUCAACCGCCCGCCGCAGCUCGAACCUUGCCGCUUGUUCCGUUUUAAUUGGAAUUUCAAUAAUCAAAAUGCCAGCAUCAGGUCCCGUGUACCAGCCAACUACAGUAAGUUAUGAACAACAAAACGAAUGGUCGCAACAAUCAAAUGGUUUGCUCAAUCGUACCCUGAAUCACAUCCGUAACCCAAGAUGGUUUCAUUGGUCAUUCAUUCUGAUCAGUUGGAUACUGAUCGCCAUCGGUGUAUUUUUGUUCCUGUACAUUACCACCAACUUUGUUCGUUCUGAUGAUACUAAAGAUAACUAUACAGAAGAUAUAGCAUAUUUGGUUAUCGGUUCUUUCUGUUUUGUGUUUGGUGUCGCUUUAUUGAUCGGUUAUUUCCGAUACAUCAAGGACAAAGAAAGUUGCCCUUGCUUCAAUAGUAAAGCUCGACAACUGGAAUCACAAUCUUCCAAUGGACAAGUCCUUACAUUGAAUCCAUCGACUGAUCUUUUGAUGGCAUCUGCCCAGUAUGGACCAUCAUCAGAAGCUCCACCAACAAUUAUCGAAGAAGAUGAAACCAGAAAAUUAAUGGGAAACGAUAACAAAGAUUGCAAUGAUGAAAGGGAUCACAUGUUGGUAACAAGCAACCCUCCAGUAGCGGCGCUCCGCACACAUGUACCAAGUGGUAUUUCGCCGCUUUCUGGUGAAGAUGCUUGACUUGAGGCCAAUUUCACUGACUCUCUAUCGGGCAUCAAUGACUAUUAUUACAAAUACAACAUUCCCACACUUCACAAUCACUAUUCUCCACAAACACCCAUCCACAACAAAGCACAACCACGCAGCUGCUGGACUGCACCACUUGCAUUGCAUGACGACCUGACACCAUCAAUAUGUUCGUCUGUUUGUAGUUUGGAUAAGGUGAAAUAAAAUCCUUUUACCAAAUA